AUGAACUACACUACCGAGGGCUGCUUUUGUCCUGAUGGAAUGAAACUCUUCAACAAAGACUCUGGCAUAUGUGUUAAUACAUGUGAAUGCCACAGCAACACUUGCCCAAUCACCAACAUGAACUGUCCGGUAGGGUAUAUGCCAGUUGUCAGUGUUCCUGAGGGAAGAUGCUGUCCAGAACAUAGAUGUGAGCCUAAAAGAGUUUGUGUCCACAAAGACAAUGAAUACCAGCCUGGUUCUUCAGUUCCUGCACCUCUAUGUCAGGAUUGUGCCUGCACCAAUGAGGUGGACCCCGGUUCUGGUCUAUUCAAGAUACGUUGUGAGUUUCAGAAAUGUCAAGAAGACUGUGACACGGGAUAUGAAUAUGUGGAAACUGAUUCAGGUGAAUGCUGUGGAAAGUGUGUACAGACACACUGUGUCGUCAGUGUUAAUGAUACCAAGAAGCUCUUGAAGCCAGGAGAGACCUGGUCACCAACUGAGAAUAAGUGUCAGCAUUACACCUGUAUUGAUUAA